AUGGUACGCGUGGAGCCGCAAUUUUCGGUGCAGUCUGCUCAUACUUUACUCCAAUAUCUACAUGCUUGCCAAAGAUCUGAAACUCAUUGUGCUGAAGCCAUGAUUGGCGUAGCUAGAUUGAGUAGCUGUCGACGCUUCAUAAAUGACAUUAAGUACGCUCUCAAUAGGCGGGAUGGAACCUGCAGUAUGCUGUUCCAUCAACAAGAGAGUAUUCAUGCACGUGACCGUCUGUCUCGAUCGACGCCAUUCCAUUGUAUUUCAUGCUUUUAUCGUCAGUCAAGCUCUCUGGUGCUGGAGUCGCCACUACGUCGAAAGUUGAGGCACCAUGUUGCCUAA